ACUGCCUGUGGAUAGAGAGACGGGUAGGUCGCUAGCUGAAGUCUCUUAGAAUUUGACAGAAACACAGACCACACAUCACAGAAGAGCAGAGGCACAGACCACACAUCACAGAAGAGCAGAGGCAGACAGUGAGCGAGCAUACUUCAUUCUGGAACAAAGCUACUGGGGCUUCUGUAUUGCACACAGGACUACCAGCCUCGGAGGGAGUGUCCCCACCCACAAUUACUCAUUAAGGAAAUGCUACAGACCUGCCUACAGGCCAUCUUAUGGGGACAUUUUCUCAAGUGAGAUUCCUUCUCAAAGACUCUACGCUUGGGUCAAGUUGACAUAAGACUGACCAGCACAGGGCAGAGAGAUGUUUGCCACAACAGACGCCAUGGAGGAUGAGGACUACGAGCCAGAUCCCUGGCUCUCUGACAAUUCCACUGAUAACCAUCAGGAGGAGCACAAACGCUUCAUAAUGUUCAAGGAGGUCUUUCUGCCCUGCAUGUACCUGGUGGUGUUUAUUUUUGGACUGGUAGGGAACUCCCUGGUUCUGAUUAUAAACAUUUUCUACCAGAAGCUGAGGAGUCUGACAGAUGUGUUCCUGGUGAAUUUGCCCCUGGCUGACCUGAUAUUUGUCUGUACUCUGCCCUUUUGGGCCUAUGCAGGCACCCAUGGGUGGGUCUUUGGCAUUGCCAUGUGCAAAACUCUCCAAGGCAUGUAUACAGUGAACUUCUAUGUGUCCAUGCUCACUCUCACUGGCAUUACGGUGGACCGUUUCAUUGUAGUGGUCCAGGCUACCAAGGUUUUUAACCAGCAGGCUAAGUGGAAGAUCUGGGGCCAAAUCACUUGCUUGCUCAUUUGGGUGGUCUCCCUGGUGGUCUCUUUGCCACAGAUCAUCUAUAGUAAUGUUGAACAUUUGGACAAGUUUAUCUGUCAGUACCACAAUGAGGCAAUUUCUACUGUGGUUCUCGCCACACAGAUGACUCUGGGGUUCUUCUUGCCGUUGCUCACUAUGAUUACGUGCUACUCAAGUAUUAUCAAGACCUUGCUUCAUGCUCGAGGCUUCCGGAAGCACAAAUCUCUAAAGAUCAUCUUCGUCGUCGUGGCUGUGUUCCUGCUGACCCAGACACCCUUCAAUCUUGCCAUGUUAAUCAGGAGCACAAGCUGGAAGUACUAUAACAUGACCAGCUUUCAGUAUGCCAUCCUUGUGACAGAGGCUAUAGCAUACUUUCGGGCCUGCCUUAACCCUGUACUCUAUGCCUUUGUUGGCUUAAAGUUCCGGAAGAACCUCUGGAAACUUGUGAAGGACAUUGGCUGUCUCCCUUACUUGGGAGUUUCAAGUCAGGGGAAGUCUUCCGAGGACAGUUCCAAGACUUGUUCUGCCUCCCACAAUGUAGAGACCACCAGUAUGUUCCAAUUGUAGUAGGCCUGGCCAGACGUGGAGAAGCUAGCAUCAGAAUUCUUAGGAGAAUGGCUAUGGAUGCAACAAGAAAGGUUUUGCUUAUAGCAUGUGGACUCUCGUGGAGAAGUCACUGAAAACUGUGGCUGUAUACAAUGCUUCUCAGAUAUACACAGACCCUGUCCUUAGUAUCAAGCCUCAGUGUUCAAAUGAGAAUGUCUUGAGAUUUUUAAGCACUUUUUCCUCUUCCAUCCUCAAGUAUUUUAACUCUAGGCAUUUCAGGUUGGGGCUAAAAGGUGAAGAAGAGCUGCAUCAACAAAGCUGUGCAGGUUCCUGAGUUCAGAAGAUUCUUUUAUAGGCAAGUAGUGGAGAGCUGAGAAACCCCCACACAAGUGCUGGUCUAUGUGGCUUAGACCUGUCACCAGGUUCCUAACAGGAUGACACCAAGCUCUGAUUCUUCCAGACUUUUGUAUUGGUGGAUGCUUAUAUUUUCUCAGAUUAGUGCAGCAUUCGAGACUGAAAAUAGGCCAGAAUAAAUAGCUGAAUUUCAGUGGUCCACAUAAUAAUAAAAAAUGUGUAAAAAGGAGGUUAAGACUGUAACAACUCUAAGCAGCAUUAUUAGAGGGACUCUGGUGGCUUUGCUCAUCUAAAAAACAACAACAACAACAAAAAACCCAAAAUUGAACUUUCCAAUGCCUGUCACACAACAUAUCAAAUAUUAUGAGUUUCAUGGCUAAGAAAUAAAACCUUUUAAAAGUU